AUGCUUCUUGUUCCAACUGUGAAAUUCAAGAAAAUCCAGACUAAGGUAGCCAAUGCAGUUGCAUUCACAUUCUUCGUAGAAUACGUCUUCAUGAAGAACAUUGAGGAUGGAUAUAUCCUAUUUCAUCCACUAAUAAUAGGAGGAAUAGCCAUAUUCAACAUUUUUAGUGGUCAUGGUGACGUAACAGGAAUAUGCGGUGCAUCAUUCCUUAGUGGUCUCAUUGCUUUACUUACUGUUAAACAGGCUGAAUAUGUUGCAUUUGGAAGUGGAAUGGCUAUAGGGUUAUUGGCUGCGUAUUAUGCAACAAAGAAGGAAAGAAUUGGUCUCUACAAUACCACAGUUUUCACAAUCAUGGAGAUGGCGUGUUUGUACAGUAGCACAUCCAUGAAACUCGCCUCAUUCUCUAAAAUGGGCACAACUACGAUGAUUACAAUGGUAUUGGGUGGAAUAGGACUGAAUUUGUACCUAUCACAGUACAGUAAAGAGAUGAAGGUGACUGAGCCAGAGGAAUUUGAUGAAUUGUAA